ACAGAUGCUUGGCCAGCCACUGACUUACCUGCAUCGACAAUAGGAUCUGAAUCUAGUUUGGCCCUGAGGCUGGUGAAUGGAAGUGACAGGUGUCAGGGCCGAGUGGAGGUCCUGUACCGAGGCUCCUGGGGCACCGUGUGUGAUGACAACUGGGACACCAAUGAUGCCAAUGUGGUGUGCAGGCAGCUGGAAUGUGGAUGGGCCCUGUCGGCCCCAGGAAAUGCCCGGUUUGGUCAGGGCUAUGGACCCAUUGUCCUGGAUGACGUGCGCUGCUCAGGGUAUGAGUCCUACCUGUGGAGCUGCCCCCACAAUGGUUGGCUCUCCCACAACUGUCAGCACAGUGAAGACGCUGGUGUCAUCUGCUCAGCUUCCCAGUCCCGGUCAACGCCCAGGCCAGAUGCUUGGCCAGCCACUGACUUACCUGCAUCGACAAUAGGAUCUGAAUCUAGUUUGGCCCUGAGGCUGGUGAAUGGAAGUGACAGGUGUCAGGGCCGAGUGGAGGUCCUGUACCGAGGCUCCUGGGGCACCGUGUGUGAUGACAACUGGGACACCAAUGAUGCCAAUGUGGUGUGCAGGCAGCUGGAAUGUGGAUGGGCCCUGUCGGCCCCAGGAAAUGCCCGGUUUGGUCAGGGCUAUGGACCCAUUGUCCUGGAUGACGUGCGCUGCUCAGGGUAUGAGUCCUACCUGUGGAGCUGCCCCCACAAUGGUUGGCUCUCCCACAACUGUCAGCACAGUGAAGACGCUGGUGUCAUCUGCUCAGGUGGGCCUCCAAGACCUUGGGCUCCCUCUGUUGGGCUGGAAUUCGCUCAGGAAGAAAGUCCUAAUUACAUUCUGAUC